AGUCUCCGCGGCCAAAGUCGGCUCAAGAGGAUUCCAGCAGAACAGUGGCGCUGGGACGGCCCAUGGCCAAAGUAGAUCUUAGGACCAAUGCUUUUGCCAGUCGGACCGACAUGUUGGAGUGGGCCCAAACUUUCAGAUUCAGCCUUCGUUUGGACCUGAAACUGUUUGAAGAAGAAGGUCUCACUGAGACUGAAAGUGACUGGUGCGACUGGUGUUUUCAGGUGAGGGACAUGGAAGGAGGACGACGGAUAGGCAGUUUUUUGCAGAUGGCCUGGUGCGACCUGCUUCCUCCAUUGAAAAAUGGUCUUGUCGGGAUGUGCAGUUGCACUGUGCUCCCAGAGACCUCUGUGGCGAUGGACGUUUGCGGUGCUUCCGGUGCGUUGCCGUCACUGUCCCAGGAUGAUUUCGUGCAGAUUUCCAAGAUGAUUAGAAGUUACUAUGACAUAGAGCUAGCCUUCCAAGAUUUCUGGCAAAGUGAAACAUGUGGAGCUUCGUUUACCUUUCAGGCCCCAGAUGACUUGAAGAUGGAGGGUCUGAUGUAUUUGUUGACUAGGACCCUUCCUUUUGUGUCCAGCACUGGUGAGUACCUCGAUCUCUCCUUUCGGUUGCACACCGGAUGUGGCCCUACCGCUCGAGCCACCCUCGGUCGCAGCUCUUUGUCGCAAGAUCCCAAGUUUCGUACGGUGCUGUGCUGGCACUGGCAGCAUGGGGAGUGCCCGUUUGGUGCUGACUGCACCUAUGCUCACGGUCCUCACGAGUUGAGAUUGCCACAGAAGAGUGACAGCAUCUUGUGCAAGUUCUACUCGCUGGGGAAGUGCCAAAAUGGACAGGAUUGCCGUUUCAGCCACUUCUUGGGUCUUGAUGAUGACCAUUGAAGACCUCUGAUGUUUCGCUGUGGCUCAAAA